AUGCCUCUGUACUUGGAGUGAGACCGCAGCAACCCCUUCCCAUCCCGACCAACGAGGACUACCAGGCCACCGCAAUGCCCCACACCAGGCUGCUGCUCCUCCUCGCCCUCCUCUGUGCCGCCGAGACCGGCCGGGCUCUCCGCCUCUACAACGCAGCCUCCAUCUUCAGCUGCCUCAACGCGGCCCUCGCUGAAGCCCAGAAGAGCCACCCAGAAGAAAAUGCCAUCUUGGACAAGCGCAGCUUCGACUCCCCAUUGCCAGUGGAGGCAUCUGAGGAGGAGGAAGAGGAGGAGGAGGACGUGGUGAAUGAAGAGAUGGGGAAAAGGACGUUCCCGGGGGAAGGCCAUUACAAAUAUGUCUCCCAGGCGCAGGUGAAGGGGAAGACGUACCAAAACCGAGCCAAGAGCGACCGUCGCACCAAGGUCACCCUCUCCCUCGACGUCCCCACUAACAUCAUGAACAUCCUCUUCAACAUCGCCAAAGCCAAGAACUUGCGGGCAAAGGCCGCUGCCAAUGCACACCUCAUGGCCCAAAUAGGGCGGCGAAAGUGACCCCCCCCCAUGGGGCUGGGGGCACUCGGAGCAGGGCUGGCUGAGUGGGGCCACCGCCCAGCCCCAGGCUGCCGGCCAGAGGGGACUAAUGGCCAUGUAUGAUAUCAGUGUUGUAUAUUUUUGACCCAUAGAGCUACCUAACUUUCAUAUCUCUUC